CAGCAAUUGUCAAAUAUUCUUAGUUAUAAAAGAAAACGAAAAAUCAGGUGACAAAUCCGCAGUUUAUAUUUCAUCCGAUUAGAGGGAGUAAGCGAAGAUUCUAGAAGACGCGUUGCAGCAGUAGAAUAAGCGGAAGUUUGUUAGAGAGAUUAAAGGCGCAGAUACAGUCAGAGAAAGAGAGAGGUAAGGGUUUAUCGAUUCCAAAAAGAAGCGACGAAAUAUGUCUGGUAUUGCUCGUGGACGCCUUGCUGAGGAACGAAAGUCAUGGAGAAAGAAUCAUCCACAUGGUUUCGUUGCCAAGCCUGAAACGCUCCCUGAUGGAACUAUCAAUUUGAUGGUCUGGCACUGCACUAUUCCUGGCAAGCAAGGGACUGAUUGGGAAGGUGGCUAUUACCCACUGACAAUGAUCUUCAGUGAAGACUACCCCAGCAAGCCACCUAAGUGCAAAUUCCCUCAAAGUUUCUUUCACCCUAAUGUGUAUCCGUCUGGAACUGUUUGCUUGUCUAUACUUAAUGAGGAUAGUGGGUGGCGACCAGCUAUAACAGUGAAGCAAAUUCUUGUGGGUAUUCAAGACCUGCUUGAUCAGCCAAAUCCUUCUGACCCUGCCCAAACAGAAGGCUAUCAUCUAUUCAUCCAGGAUGCAGUGGAGUAUAAAAGAAGGGUCAAGCAGCAAUCAAAACAAUAUCCACCUCUUGUCUAGUUCGAUAUGUGCUUCACUUUAGGAACUAUUCUAGUAUGGUAGAUGUUGUUUUCUAUUUCUUGCCUGGUGCUAAAAUUGUGUGAUUGCUCGCUGCCAUAACAUGCAGACUCCUUGGUUUUAACUAUUUUUAUUUACUCUCAGAUCUGGAUAACAUGUUAAUAUAUGACAAUGUGAAAGUCAACUAAUAAUACUUGUUGGCAAUACUUGCUGGUUCAUUUUAUAGAAAUGGAUAACUUACUAUUA